AUCAAGCCAGCUCUUAGGAAUAUUGCGGCAAACUAGGUCGCCAGCUUGUUAAACUGAAGUUAAUCGAGCUGAUAACAACGUUGGCGUAACGUUUGGCUCGGAAGCUCUGGUAGUCAAAAAAUUAGCAACGCUGGCAAAAAACACACCCAAAUCACAAUCAGCAUGUCGUCGACAUCGUCUUCUAAUUGGCGUGAACUAUUCCCCACAAAGUUGACUUUUAUCAUAUUUUUGCUGUAUAUGUCAUUGUUCAUUGGACAAGGCAUAUUUGUGACAGCGUCGCAGGAAUCCAAUAAUUCAUAUAGCUACAAUACCGUAACUGUUGUGCUGCUGACGGAAGUCUUCAAACUGAUAGUCUCUACAUGCCUAUAUUGCCGAGAAAAUAAUCUUAAAUCAUUAGUCCGCGAUGUUCAUAAGGAUCGAAAUGUGCUGGCUCUGUAUAUGGUGCCAGCUUUCCUCUAUUGCCUCUAUAACAAUCUUGCCUUUGUUAAUCUGGCCACGUUCGACCCCACCACGUACUAUCUGCUGCUGCAACUGCGCGUCGUCGUCACGGGCAUACUGUUUCAAAUUAUCUUCAAAAAGUACUUGUCACAGCGUCAAUGGGUGUCGCUUAUUUUGCUGACUUGUGGCUGUAUGCUGAAGCAGUUAAAUUUCAGCAGCUUUUACAGCGAUGCCAACGACGACAGUGAGGCGGCGGCAAUUCAAGCUGGCAAUUUGGAGCCAACAAAUUCGUCACUUACGCAACAGAACCAAGUACAGGGCAAAAAUAUGUCCGGAUUCGAUUUUAGUCUGAGUGCUGUCUUCAUAUUAGCUCAGACCUUUUGCUCUUGCCUUGCUGGCGUCUACAAUGAAUAUUUGCUGAAGGACAAGGGCGCCAAUGUGAAUAUCUUUGUGCAGAAUGUGUUCAUGUAUCUGGACUCGAUUGUGUGCAACGCGAUUAUCCUGCUUAUACGUGGUGAGCUGUUGGACGCCUUCAGUGCUAAGAAUAUGGACAGCAUCAUGCGUUUCAGCGUCCUUAUCAUUAUCAUCAACAAUGCCGCCAUUGGCAUUGUAACGAGUUUCUUUCUAAAGUACAUGAACUCUAUUCUGAAGACAUUUGCGAGUGCUUUGGAGCUGCUCUUUACAGCCGUGCUGUGCUAUUUUCUCUUCGCGAUACCUAUCUACAUAAACACCGCGUUGGCCAUCGCAGUGGUCUCCUAUGCCAUUUACCUCUACACCCAGAGUCCGGUUAUCAACUUGGGAAAAGUGCGUCCAUUAACGAGCAUCAGCAGUGCAACGGCAGCAGCGACGCCUUACGACAAGCGCAAGCUCCUUGGGGAGGAUGCCGACUCGGAUCUAGACAUGAAUAUCGUGUAGCAACCAAGGGAGAUCGUCAUCGGCGUCGUCUUCUCAUUUUUCGGACGCAUUCAUCUAGCUGUAAGCUUUUGUAAAAAGUGUGCUUGUGUAGGAGGGGAGAAAAGGAUAUGUUUACCAAAUACAUGACAAGGGACAUCAUAUUAGACUGGACGUGUGCAAGUGUGUAGAUAAGUGCCUCCAAAUGUUCUAAACGACGAAAAUGUAUUAUUUAAUCUGAUCGAUUGAUCGAAGGCUUUGUGCGUUUGAUAACGCUUGUAAAUGUUUGUAUGUAUAUCUUUUUAUGUGUACCUAGAUUUCCAUUUUAAUUUACAUCUAUAAGCAAUAA